AUGAAGUUUGAAGACUUGCCCAACGAGUUAUUAUUAGAUUUAUUCGAACAUUUUAACUUAAUUUAUCUUCUUCAUGCCUUUAAUAGUCUCAAUAGCCGUUUUAACAAAUUAGUCUUUAUUCAUUUUCGACAUUAUCGUCUUAAUUUUCAAUCUAUAUCCAAGUAUGAUUUUGAAUAUGUCUGUGAACAUUAUUUUCCAUUGAUUGUUGAUCGAAUAAUUUCACUUUAUCUUUCCGAUAAUGAUGAGACACCUCAUUUACCUGAAUUAUUUUUGUCUUAUGGUUAUACUUUAGAUCAAUUCAUAUAUUUACAAUCACUUUCACUUUAUUCUAUUUCUUCGAUCAAUAUAUUAAAUCAAAUAAUAUUUCAAUGUCGUCAUCUUCGACAAUUGACACAUCUUUACAUAAUUAAAUGUUAUUUUCAUUGUGAAGAAAAAGACAAUCUCUUCUUAAUGAACAAUAUUUGGAAUAUUUCAAAACUUAUUUAUUGUAAUCUUGAUUGUUUUCAUCCAGAUAAUAAUGUUUUCAUUGCAAGUACAAUAAUAUCAGAAUCAAUCAAAUAUCUUAUCAUGAAAAAUAUCAAAUGUGAUUUAAAUAAUCUAUCUUAUUUAUUACAAUGUACACCUCAUCUUCGACAACUUUAUACAACUAUUUCGUGUCAAUUACAAAAUGAAGAAUUAAGAAAUAUUUUUUCAUCAAUUAUAUCAUUGAAAUUAAUAUAUUUAGGUUCAAUUGACUCAAUGAAAUAUCUUUUUCAGAAUCUAAAAAAUUUAUCUUAUUUAACACUUGAAACAUCGAGUAUCUAUUUAAAUGGAUAUGAAUGGGAAAUGUUUCUUAUUGAUAUUUUACCACAAAUUAAACAGUUUCGAUUUA